GCAUGGUUUAAUUAAAUAACUCUGCCACAGAUUUUUGUAUUAUUUGCAAAAUUGACUCCCUCGUGCUACGAAUUUACCCUUUUGCCCCUAAGCGAGCUUCCCAGAAGGGAGGAUUUCCCCGGUUUCCCAGACACGGACCCGGCCUUCCGUCCCCAUUAUCUGUACCUUAGUUGGGUUCCAUGGCGGUUCCUUCUCGGAAAAUCACCUACAAAUUUCUCCUUUAUAUACACUUCCUCCGAACUCAUCUCCCAUUCAAUCCCUCUCGAUUUCAAUUCAGACAACUCCGUACAAAAAGCUUCGACGACUCCGCUCCAAUGGCGUCUCCGAAAUCAUCUGCGAGACCGACCCAGCAAAACCCAGAAGCCAAUUUCCACGAUUUCUUACCAACCAUGGCGAGCAAGCUCGGCGGGGAGGCGCUGAUCGGCGAGCUCUGCAAAGGGUUCGAGCUCCUUAUGGACGGCGACAGAGGCGUCAUCACUUUCGAGAGUCUCCGGCGUAACGCCGCGGCGGUUCUAGGGCUCGGAGAACUUUCCGACGAAGAUGUCCGGUGUAUGAUCAGGGAAGGCGACUUCGACCGCGACGGAGCGUUGAAUCGGAUGGAGUUUUGCGUUCUCAUGUUUAGGCUCAGCCCCGAUCUGAUGGAGGCUUCUCGGUGGUUGGUCGAGGAGGCGAUUGAGGAGGAGUGCGUGAAAUCCACGCGCCGGCAUUGAUCUGGAAACCCGUCUGGAUGAGUCCGAUGGUUUCGAUUGACUGAUUCUUUUUUUUUUUUAAUUUUUACCUUUUCCCUUAUUCCAUCGUUGUUAUUGCUUGACAAAUAUUUAUUGGAAAUUAUACUUUUUUUUA